AUGAAUCAGGCAGCGACGCGAAAAGCACAAACGUAUUCUCCACAUUUGGAAUAUCUUCGUUUCCUGCGCGAAACAAUUCACGCGCGCGCAAAACCCUUCUCCAUUAUUAUUUUUACGCAACGCUUAAAUUCCAUACGAAUAUUUUUACUUCAGAAAAAAUACUCAAAGAGAAAAAAAAGCGAGCGUUUCAUAACAACAAUAAUGACCGAUGACGAUGAUGAUAUAAACGAUUACCAGCAUCCAAUCGAUGGGUUAGAUCACUGGGUGAACCUUUUGAAAGGAAACGAUGCGUUUUCGUACACGUACGUGUCCUGUUCGGCGGGAAAAGAAACAGAAGAGAGGAAGUUCACGGCGAGAGAUAUGCGUUCGAGGCAUCGAAAGCUGGCGAAAAUGUUCAACUCCGAGAAGACAUUUUCCUGGACGACGCGGACGAUGGAGGAGAGAGAAAAGGAGAAUAAAAGAGUGAUAUUUCUCUAUGAACCUGGGGUUGAUUGGUUUCCGGUAUUUUUGGCGCUGAUGCGUGCGAGCGUGGUACCGUGCGUGGUGUAUCCGAUAGAUCCCAUGACGACAGCGAGAGACGUUCUGAGAGAAAGGUACGAGUUUUUGAAAACGCUGGCGAAGGAAUGCGCGGGAGUCGUGUGCAGUUCGAAGAUGGCGACGGCGUUGAAGUUGACGAGAUUGAAAUUGUUGGACACGCACGGGUUGAACUGCCAGAUGUGGGUGGUGGAUGGAUUUGAGACAAAAUUCGAGACGGCGAGUGAGUUUCGCGAGGACGAGGAGGAGGAAAAAGAGCCGAUUUGGAAACGCGAUCCCGAAGCGACGGCGUUCAUACAAUACACGUCCGGAUCGACGGGGAAGCCAAAAGGCGUUAUUCUUUCGCAUCGAGCGUUAACUGAAAAUUGCGCGGCCAUCCGAAAAGGGUUCAAAACGAAUCCGUACGACUCGCUGUGUUCGUGGUUACCUCAAUAUCACGAUAUGGGGCUUAUCGGCGGUUUUUUCGUUCCGUUGACAAUCGCGUGCGGGUACGACGAUAUCGACGUGAGUUUACUUCCGAAAAAAACGACGUGUGUUUUUAUCAGCCCGAUUGCUUUUGCAAAAGAUCCGUCGGUUUGGAUCCGACUCAUGUCAAAAUACGAAUCGACAAUGACGCAAGCGCCGGAUUUCGCAUUCACGUUAGCCGCGAGGAAGUUUAGCUCGAGCGAUUUGAGAAACGCGGAAACGUUGCGAUUGCACUCACUUCGUCACGUGUUGAACGCAUCCGAACCUGUACGUUCGCAAACCGUGAACGUUUUUUUCGAUACGUUUCAACAAUACGGUUUGAAGAGAUCAAGUUUACGCGUCGGAUAUGGAUUGGCCGAAAUUUGUGUGUACGCGACGGAACAUCACGUCGAGUUUUUCCGCGCGAAUCGAGACGCGCUCGAGUCCGGAGACAUUCGCGUAGCAAAAGAAGCAAAAAAUGGAGAACCGUUCAUUGAAGUCGCUUGCGUCGGCGUGAAUACGCGAAACUGUUUCAAAAUACUCGAGUUUGAUUCAAAUUGUGAGGUAAAAGCUCCAGGUCAAGUUGGUCGCAUCGUGAUUACGAAUACCCGUUCCGUUUGCUCCGGGUACGUAAACGACGAAGCGAGAACCCGCGCGACUUUUAAUUUUCAUCGAAAGGAAGUCGUUACCGGAGACGAAGGGUUCGUUCUCCAAGACGGACGCGUGUUUAUUCUCGGACGCAUCGUGGAUAUUCUCGACAUCUCUUUCUUUGCAAAUAAUAUUCGCGAAGGUGCGUCGUCGAGAAUUCAAGCGAACGAGUUUGAACGCGUCGCGUUAGCGGGGCCGAUGUGUUCGGUUCAAAAUGUCGUUCGGAGAGGCUCGGCGUCUGCGUUCGGCGUCGGAAAACACGAAAGCGCGAGAAUUGUUUUCGUCGUCGAAGUAUCCGAUGCGUUUUUUUCGAAAUCUAAAUCCGUCAAUGCACUUCGUCGCGAAAUCGAGUGUGAAGUACUCAAAACGUACGGUGAAUUUCCCAGAAGGCGAUUCGAGGUUCUUUUGACGUAUCCGCGCUCGACGCCGAGAACGACGAGCGGUAAAGUUCGGCGAUAUGCCGUCCGCAGAAAAUACAUUGAAAAAGGGAUUGAAGCUAUCGCUGAAGAAGAUGACGCUGACGAAAACGGCGAAAAUGAUGAAACGGAUGAAAUCGAUAAAGUUGUGCUCGAGAUCGUCCGACAAGAAAGUGUCGAUGGAAAAGGUGCGAGGACGCUUCGAACGCCCCUCCUCGGGGCAACGUCCGUUCAAUUUACAAAAAUUGGAAUCGAAAUCACGAAACGGUUAGAAAUAACUUUGGAUACUUAUCAUCUGCUCUCGUGUACGAACGCGCGAGACAUAUCUGUACUCGUAAAGCGAGCAUUAGACGACGACUAUGAUCAAUGCUUCAACGACAAUAGCAUCAUCGCCACCAAGAACGAGACGCCGACGAAGAAACGAUUUCCGAGCGCGCGGUUCGCAGCGUUGUUCCUACUCUUAUUUGCCGCGCAACAUAACGGUAAUCAAAUGCUCGCGGAUAAUACAGCGCAGCAACCACGCGUGAUACCGCACUUUUACGACAAUCGAGCGAAUGAGUGGUUAUAUGUACUGGUUCCUUUUCAACUCAUAUCUUUACUCCUCUAUAAAUUUGUCUUCGCGAUAACUCGCGCGCAGCGUUACGAAUCCAUCAAUCUGAUAGGUGCUUGGUUUGGUCUGCUGAGCUGCGUGAUGAUGCAUGGCGUUUCAAAAGCAGCGUGGUUAAUUUUAUGCUGCGUGCUUUCGUUCAGAGCGAGGAAGAAAGCACCGCGUCUGUUUAGAAAACCGUCUUUCAUCUGGCCCGUCGCGUGCGUAUCCUUCGCGUGCGUUGCUCAGUUGGAACGCAAGCACACUUCUACUCCGCUCUUGGCUGCUUCUGGUCACAUCGAUACUACCGGUUCGUCACUUUUAGAUGGCAUGUAUGGCAAGACCUCCUUCCACAUUUUUCGUGCAGCCAGAUACGUCGUACUACGCGUCGUUGAUUAUUACCUAUCAUCCGCGACCGCCGGCAACCAGAACGCUACGGAUGAUGGGGACAUGAUAACGUUCUUACAUUACGUAUUUUUCGCGCCUUUGUUUCAGUGCGGACCGUUAAUACGCGGCGGUUUUGAUACUUUUUCCAAACGUCUGAAAAAGAUAUCCUCCACGCGUCGCUUUAAUGCUGCUAGCAAGCAAAACACUAUUAAACGUGUCGCGCGGCAAUUCGCGAAGGACGCGUUGGAUCUUUUCGGUUGGUUUCUGGUUUCGAAUUUCUUGGCUACAAGUCAAACGAUAUUAUCUGCACCACCGUCGUCGUCUUUACGUCUUCUCUCGAGACUUUUACACAUCUUCGCCACCUCCCGAAUUGCAUUCAAUUUAGGCAGAGUUAUCGCUCACGCCAUGCUCUUCACCGACGUCGCCGACGACACGCCGCUCUUCCUCUACGACUGUCUCGCCAGUUUUCGAACGCUGUGGUGGAAUUUCCACGUCAGCUUCCGAGACUUCUUCGCGCGAAACAUCUACAGCAAACGCGAGAGCAAAACCGUCGCCAUCGCUUUAACAUUCCUCGUCAGCGCCUGUUUCCACGACGUCUCCUUCUCCGACCGUCGCUGGAUGUACUUCUUCCUCGCGAACACCUUCGGCGUCCUCCUCGAACGCUCGCGCCUUCUCUCCUCCUCCGUUGCCGCUCCAAAAAAAGAAGCAGAUGAAAGAAGAAGAGGAGUAGUAGUAUCAUCGCGACUCAAAGCCGCAAUGAACAGGUCUUGCCUUUGGACUCUGGUCGUCUUCUCCGACGGUACCAUUCCACAUCGCGUUUCAAAUUACGCGCGAUACUUCGUCAAGACGUUUGCGCUUUCAUGCGUCCUUUCGUAG